AUGGCACGACGAUACUCCCCAGACUCGCCACUGUCAUCAAUGGGCUCCGGCUCCGAGGCGUACGAGGAGGAUGCCCACGAAGAGGACGAGGGCUCUCUACGCCCGUCCAAGCGACAAAAGGUCGACGCGCAAUCCAACACUUCGUCAGCCGUGGUCCCCGAGGUGGAACAUGAGGCCGUCCCCGUGCCCGAUACCCUCGAGGGCAUGUCUGAUGUAUCCUCGGAUACCUCUGGCGAUAUCCCCAGCUCGCCCGUGAAUGCACGACUAGAGGAGGAUGACUUCCAGGACCAGGUGACUGUUUGCGACUGGGACGGUUGCCCAGCUGGCGACCAAGGCGACAUGGACAAGCUGGUUGAGCACAUCCACAACUCACACAUUGAAAAUCGUCAAAAGAAAUACACGUGCGAAUGGAAGACGUGCAGCAGAAAGGGCCUUCCUCAUGCUAGUGGAUAUGCGCUCAAGGCACAUAUGCGAAGCCACACGAGGGAAAAGCCCUUUUAUUGUUACUUGCCGGAGUGCGACCGUUCCUUUACAAGGUCCGAUGCCUUGGCGAAGCACAUGCGAACUGUUCACGAAACCGAAGCCCUGCGACCAUCAGACCCAGUGCCAAAGUCGAUGCAGUCUGGCACUGCUGGCAAGUCUAACAAGCUCAAGAUCAUCAUCAAAACGCCGCAGUCGCACGGCGGCAACGGAGACGACGACACAGGUGAUGGUGUUAACGGAGAUUCUGUCAACUCGGACUUCUUUACCGCUCUUCCCAACGAGCUGUUUUCGCCAGACGAGCUCUCCUACUCAGUGGACAAGCUAUAUCGAAAAUGCUACUGGGAGUCGAAAUGGGCAGACGAAGUUGGCGAGGCGCUCAAGAAGGAAUGCAAAGAGUGGGAAGAGGUCUACUACAAGGAGUGGCUGGAGAAGGAGGUGCUCCUGUCGCAGGUAAUUAAGAGCGAAGUAGACUGGCACGACCGACGCAACGCUAUCCUCGACGGAACAGCCGAUGUACAAGUUUCGGGUGUCGUGGAGUCCAAGGAAAGCGAGCAAACCAACGGCAAUGGAGAGGCUAUGCCCGCCAAGAAGGCCCAAACUGCUGAGGCAUAG